GUAAAUAUGAGCCCCGAGAACCCCGCUGUAAAGAAUCCUUGUUCGCGAUCGCGCCGCGAAACGCUUCGCCCUCUACCUAAGAUUAAGAUGAAUGAUACUCUCUUGUUUUCAGUAUUCUAUCUACAUACCUAACCACUCUUCCCCGCGAGCAUGGUCAAGCCAUACAGUAGUCGCAAAUGGCUACAGCAGAAUACGACGCCAGAUGGCUUCUAGCUGAACUCAAAUGCCUUAAUUGUCAGCCUCCAUGGUAUUCGUAUCCAGACCCGAAUAGCUAUGGUACUAUCGACCCUAUUUUCCAACGCGAUGGCAUCGUCUGCCUAGCAUACCGCGCUGCUAGAAGGACAGCUCUCAGCCGCAGCCACCGUAAAGGUCAAGCCCAGCUGCGAAGAAACCUUCAGGCGCUAGAUAAUACGCCCUUCAAACAUAAAGAAGAGGUUGUGAUGAAAAUAUCCGACAACAUAGGGCCCGAACUGAGGCAAAGAAUUCUCGCCUGGGUGGAUUUACCGGUACCCAAUCCGAGGAAACGACCCCGCGCUCACGACGAAUCCAUGUCCCCUCGAACACGAUCGUCGGAAGCCGUCACUAGUACAUUAAGCUCACGGGAACACGACUCUGCGGAUACAUCGCAAAUACACCGCUCCCCUAGCAUAACUGAAACCAACGCCGACAGCUCUCAGCGCAUACCUAUAUGUGUAGACACAAGCGCGCAAAAAGCUAGUCUUGAACAUUCAUUUUCGACAACACCUGUAUCUAAAGCCAAAGAGACCCUACCCGACCAGCUUUACCGUAUUCUAGAAAAAUCAUAUUCAUAUGAGCAGGAGACGUUCGUGGCGCAUAUUGGAAUGUCAUACAAGAAUUCGGACAUCUGCCAGCUCACACUCAACAUACACAGCGGGCACGUAGAAAGCUGUGCUAACACACUCUUCGGCGUGCGCUUAGAAACGACCAACGGACUUAGAUAUAUCAAUUCAGGUAAUGCCCAGAUCCUGCCCAGCACAUGGGCUACAAUAAGCGGGUGUAGAGCGAGAGCUAUAGCGCCGUUCUUCGGCCAGCUGCUCGAUACGGCGAUUCGGGAGAGCCCUACGUAUCAAGAGGAUGUCAUGGCGCUCUGUUCAGACCAUACCAGAGCAGUGUCUAUGGUGAUAUCCCAAGACGCGAACGAUGCAGGCGUUUUGAUUUUGCACACGAAUCUGUAUACUUGUGUGAACAUAUGGGAUCAAUUACACUCGGUCGAAUGACGGGACUUACUUUAUUCCUUGACACGUCCGCCUUCGCCUCCGAGAAACAACUCCUUGCCCUGAGGUACCGUCACUUGGCCGUCACACGUUUCGAAGUUCGCUUUCGCGAACUGCCGGUCCGUGCUCGUGUAGACCCGGACGAAACAGGAGCGCCAGUGUACCUUCUGGCCUUUCCCCACGACCCAUCUCGGCGUCGGCUUCGCGUCGUCGAAGGAGAUGUUCGGGUCUAAUUGGUCUAUCGUAAAAGACUGAGAUAGUCAGUCACC